AUGUCUGGUCUACGCAGACGCAUCUUUGGCACCUCGUCCUCGGAUUCACCCUCGCUCACACCCGAGCACUCACGAGAAGGCACACCGACUUCCGAAGAGGUCCGCGUCGUCUCUGCAAAGAAACUGCAGAAACUCACUGCACAGCACAAGGCCAGAGGAACAAAGAGACGGAAUGCCUGGGUCUUUGGCUUGGGAGGCCUGUUUGGCAUUCUCGUUGCUGGCUUCUUUGCUUCCAGCAAUGACGUGUUUGACAUGCAGGCUCUGAAGGAUAUGAAUCUCGACUCCAUCUUGGAUGUCUUGCCUGCUGGAUUGAUAAAAGAUGCACAUGAACUUCAGAAGAAUCAACGAGACGCCAUCGCGUAUGAUUCCUUUGCAGUCGGCCUGCACGCUCAGUCCCAAGGCAUAUCAGCCAGACACCCCGUCAUCAUGAUCCCCGGCGUCAUCUCCACCGGACUGGAGAGUUGGGGCACCGAAGAGCACUCGCGGCAGUACUUCAGAAAGAGGCUAUGGGGCAGUUGGAGCAUGAUGCGUGCUCUGGUUCUGGACAAGGCUGGUUGGAAGAGACACAUCAUGUUGGACAAAAAGACCGGUUUGGAUCCACCCGGUGUAAAACUCCGAGCUGCUCAAGGCUUUGACGCAACCGACUUCUUCAUCACUGGCUACUGGAUCUGGAACAAGAUCUUGGAAAACCUCGCCACCAUCGGCUACGACCCUACCAACGCCUUCACCGCAGCAUACGACUGGCGAAUGAGCUACAUGAACUACGAGAUCCGCGACCAAUACUUCACCCGCCUAAAGCACCACAUCGAAACAGCCACAAAAAUCUCGGACAAGAAAGUCGUGCUCCUCAGCCACAGCAUGGGCUCCCAAGUCCUCUACUACUUCUUCCACUGGGUCGAAGCCGAGGGUCAUGGAAAUGGUGGAGAAACAUGGGUAGACGAUCACAUCGACUCCUGGAUAAACAUUUCCGGCUGCAUGCUCGGCACCCCCAAAGGCCUACCCGCAGUGCUCUCCGGAGAAAUGAAAGACACGGCACAACUAAACGCCUUUGCCGUCUACGGCCUCGACAAAUUCCUCUCUCGCAACGAACGCGCAGAAAUGUUCCGCGCAAUGCCCGGUAUCUCGUCCAUGCUCCCCAUCGGCGGCGACGCGGUCUGGGGAGACGAAUUCAGCGCUCCCGACGACCGCCCAGAUCAAAACGUCACGUAUGGCAAAUUCCUCUCUUUCCGCCAUCUCAACUCGACCCAGCUCCCAAAGAAAAACUUGACCGUGGAGCAAUCUCGCGAAUACCUCUUCAACAGCACGGAAAACUGGUACUCGGAAGCUGUACUCUCCUCCUACUCUUUCGGCAUCGCACACACGACACCAGAAGUAGAAGCAAACCAACUCAUCCCCCGCAAAUGGUCAAAUCCUCUUGAAACACGUCUCCCCAAAGCCCCCAAUAUGAAAAUCUACUGCUUCUACGGUAUCGGCAAGGAAACAGAGCGCGCGUACUAUUACCGCGAGGACAAUGAGCCUGGCAGCAAGAAUGAUGUAAUGAUAGAUACGCAAGCCUCGUUCAUGAAUCCUGACAAAGAUCAUGUGGCUGAUAGGGGUGUGGUGAUGGGUGAGGGAGAUGGCACGGUCAAUUUGUUGAGUACCGGGUAUAUGUGUAACAAGGGGUGGAGAAUGAACAGGUACAAUCCUUCGGGCAUCAAGGUUACCACGUAUGAGAUGCCUCAUGAGCCGGAUCGCUUUUCGCCAAGAGGCGGGCCUAAUACUGGUGAUCAUGUGGAUAUCCUCGGUCGUGCAUCUCUCAAUGACUUGAUCCUCAGGAUAGCGGGUGGCAAGGGUGGCGACAUCAACGAGACCAUAUUCAGCAACAUCGUUCAAUACGCCGAAAAGGUCAAGAUCUGGGAUGAUUGA